CCAUCAUCCAAACAGAAGUUAAGGUUCCCAUUCUUUCUUCAGUAUAUCCGACCGUCACUGUAAUUUCCGGCGAAUGCUCCGAUGAAAGUGAAAGAAAGGUUGAUUUUCUUUUUAUCAUACCACAAUUCACGGGGGAUGAGAGGUCACCUUACAAAUUCUAGAGAGUGAAUUGUGCUUCUGGCAUGUUGGAGAAAAUAUGGUUGGCAAAUGCAGUUUGUUGUGAUCUCUAGGGGGACAAAGUCUUGUGGACUUUUGAACUCGUGUAAAGUUUGUUAUUUUCUUCUGCUCGAUGGGAUGGAGAGGUGCUUUUUAUUUUUCAUUUUUUCUUCUCACCUUAGUUGAAUCAUCCAGCAUAUCAGAGAAAAUAUGGUUGCCAAACCUGGGUGCAGAAACAACAUUAUCCUUCAGUUGGCCAGUCUUCAGUGCAAGCAUAUUUGUCUUCCUUGCUCUUGUUCUCUCCACUUAUCUUAUAUUUGAGCAUUUAGCUUCAUAUAAUCAACCAGAGGAGCAGAAGUUUUUGAUAGGACUCAUACUGAUGGUUCCUGUUUAUGCACUGGAAUCGUUUUUAUCAUUGGUGGACUCAGAUGCUGCAUUCAACUGUGAAGUUAUUCGCGAUUGUUAUGAAGCUUUUGCAAUGUAUUGCUUUGAGAGAUACUUGAUAGCCUGUUUAGGUGGGGAGGAACAGACUAUUGAAUUCAUGGAAAGCCAGACCAUAAUCACUUCCCAGACUCCUCUUUUAGAAUAUGCAUAUGCUUAUGGCGUUGUUGAACAUCCUUUUCCAUUGAACUGCUUUCUGAGAGAUUGGAAUCUUGGUUCUGAAUUCUAUAAUGCUGUAAAGAUUGGCAUUGUUCAGUAUAUGAUACUGAAGAUGAUAUGUGCACUACUGGCUAUGAUCCUGCAAUUGUUUGGAGUUUAUGGAGAAGGGAAGUUUGAAUGGAGAUAUGGGUACCCAUACUUGGCUGUUGUUCUUAAUUUUAGUCAGAGCUGGGCACUAUACUGUCUUGUUCAGUUCUAUUCUGUCACUAAAGAGAAGUUGGAGCCAAUCAAACCAUUGGCUAAAUUUCUGACAUUCAAGUCAAUUAUAUUCUUGACCUGGUGGCAAGGUAUAGCUGUUGCAUUUCUCUUUUCCAUGGGAGUUUUUAAGGGUUCUUUGGCUCAGGAGUUGAAAACACGUAUACAAGAUUACAUCAUCUGUAUUGAGAUGGGUGUUGCUGCUGUUGUGCAUCUUUAUGUCUUCCCUGCUGUACCUUACAAACGUGGAGAAAGAUGUGUCCGUAAUGUGGCUGUAAUGAAUGACUAUGCAUCUUUAGGAACACCACUAGAUCCAGAAGAGGUUAAGGACUGUGAAAGAUCUACCAAAUUAUGUGUGGGUCGAAUUGAUGAGAGUGAAAAGCGUCUAAACUUUCCCCAGAGUGUUCAUGAUGUUGUCUUUGGGAGUGGUGAAAUAAUUGUUGAUGACAUGAAGUAUACGGUUUCACAUGUUGUUGAACCAGUCGAAAAGGGAAUUGCAAAAAUAAAUAAAACUUUCCAUCAGAUAUCUGAAAAUGUGAAACGCCAUCAGGAAUCAAUGAGGAGAUCUAAAGAUGACAAUUAUCUCAUUCCCUUGAGUUCAUGGACAGGGGAAUUUUCGGAUGCUCAUGAUAAUCUUCCUGGAGGCAGUGUUAGUGACAGUGGUUUGCACAGUGUACAGAGACUGCAAGUCCAAUCCAAAAAUGCAGUAUCCAGGACUAAGAUGGGCAGAUAACAUCUGUAGUUAUUUACAAAAGCCAUAUCAAAAUGAUCUUAACAAGGUUAACAUACUAGGUAAGUGUAUGCUAACUUCAUCAUUCCUAGACAUUUUUCUUUCUCUUCCCCCUUAUGCAGAGUUGUGAUGGUAACCUGUUUUUAUCGAUCGGCGAGAACUUGUGCAGGAGAUCUUGCUGCUUUCUUCUAACUUCAGAAAUGUAUAGAAAAAAUUGUGAUGAAACCGGCAAAUAAUCUGGUCAAAGCUCAGCUGCUGAGUCUGGCAAAUGUACAAAAUUUAGUUUCCACAGGUGCAAACUGUGCUUGUUAUACAUGUUCUCAUUGUGAAACUAAAGCCAUUUAGCCUGCAUUUGGAAGCUGGCUAGAUUUUCUCUCCAUUUUGGUAUAUUAAAAUGAAUCAAUCAAAAUGUUUUACAAUU